AUGAGUACCGGAACCCUGAUGAUGAUAAAGCCAGCACUCCAGAGACUGACUCAGAGGAUGAAGACUGACUCAGAGGAUGAGUACUGGAACCCUGAUGAUGAUAAGCCAGCCACCCCAGAGACUGACUCAGAGGACGACUACUGGAAGGGAGAGGAAGAGGAGCCUGCAGGCCCAGUGGUCGACCCAGAAGAUGACUAUUGGAAGGGAGAGGACCCGACGGCCAUACCCCCCCCUCUUGUGGUGGAUGGAGAGGUGGAUACGGGAGAUGAAGACUACUGGGAAGCCAAAUAUGAAGUGCCCGAGAAUCUUCCUUUCCCUGACGGUAAAGAGGUCGUCCCCACAGAGAAAAAUGACUUAAGCUACCCUGUCACAGAGGAUUCUAUUACACCACCACCUACCUAUGAAAGCCCAUGGUACGAGGAGUAUGACUACGGAUAUAGUGGUGGAGAGAGGAAAGAAAAGGAGAGAGAGGAUAGAGAGAGAGCUCAGCAGAGGAGGGAGGAGGAAGAUAGGGAAAAAGCCAAGAAGAGACCACCCGUAUUCAAAGAGCCCAAAAAGUGUCCUCCACUGGGUAUGGAGUCUCACAGGAUAGAAUCAGACCAGCUGCUGGCCUCCUCCAUGUCUCACCACCGUUACAGCCAGGGCAGGGCACGGCUCAACAUGCAGGCUUCAGAGGAUGAGGAGGACAUGCGUGGUGGUGCGUGGUGUCCUAACCAAGAGGACAACAUUCACUGGUUUGAGAUUGACGCUCGCAGAGCAACAGAGUUUACUGGGAUCAUAACUCAAGGGCGAGACUCACGCAAUGAGAGUGACUUUGUGACAUCGUACUAUGUGCAAUUCAGUAAUGACAGCAGAGAAUGGACAACCAUGAAUGACGGUUACUCUGACUGGUUGUUCUUUGGUAACUCUGAUAAGGACACCCCAGUGCUGAAUCAGUUAGCUGAGCCUAUACUAGCUCGCUACAUCAGAGUCAUCCCUCAGAGCUGGAACGGCAGUUGCUGUAUGAGGCUGGAGGUGCUGGGAUGCCCACUGCCUGACCCCACCAGUGCCUACCAGAGGCUGCAGAAUGAGGUGACUCCAGUCCAGUACCUGGACUUCAGACAUCACAACUACUCAGAUAUGGUCACGCUGAUGAAGUCUGUGUCUGAGGAGUGUCCCAACAUCACCAGUAUGUACAGCCUGGGCCGCAGCUCCAAUGGACUAGACAUCGUGGCCAUGGUGAUAUCAGGCAACCCCACAGAACACGAGAUAGGUGAGCCAGAGUUCCGAUACACGGCUGGUCUCCAUGGAAAUGAGGCGACAGGGCGGGAGAUGGUUCUUCUUCUGAUGCAGUACCUUUGUAAGGAGUACAGAGACGGCAACCCCAGAGUGCGCCGCCUGGUGGAGGGAAUACGUACCCACCUGGUGCCCUCUCUGAAUCCUGACGGACAGGAGAAGGCCCUCAUAGCGGGUUCAGAGCUGAGUGGUUGGACCACAGGCCACUGGACGGAGGACGGCCAUGACAUCUUCCACAACUUCCCUGACCUYAACAGUGUUCUGUGGGAGGCAGAGGACAAGGGUAUGGUGCCCAAACUGACCCCCAAUCACCAUGUCAAGAUCCCUGCUGACACAGUGAGGGACGACAAGAUAGCUGUGGAGACUCAAGCCAUCAUCUCGUGGAUGGAGAGCCACCCGUUUGUACUGGGGGCCAACUUCCAGGGAGGGGAGAGGGUAGUGGCCUACCCCUACGACAACCAUCGCCUAACCAAGGCCGCCAGCACCAGCGAGAGAGACAGGGCACACAGCCGCAAGAAGAGACAGUACGAGGAUGAGUAUGACAGAGGGGCAGAUUGGGAUAGAGGCUACGACCGUGAGGAGCCAGAGGAUGAUGAUAGAAACAGGGGAUACCAGGAACCAGAAGAGGACCGGCGGAACAGGGGAUACCAGGAACCAGAAGAGGACCGGUGGAACAGGGGAUACCAGCAGCCGGAAGAGGACCGGCAGAACAGGGGAUACCAGGAGCUGGAGGAGGAGUGGAGGGGGCAUGGCUAUGGACACAGGGAAGAGGAAGAGGAGGAUGACAGAGGGGGACAUCAGGAAGCAGAGCCUGAGGAUGAACCCAGGGCCACGGCAGACGCCUCCUUUUUCAGGUGGUUGGCUAUCUCCUACGCCUCCACUCACCUGUCCAUGACAUACACUUCCCACGGCUCCUGUCACGGCGAUGACAUCACUGGCGGCGUCGGAAUCAUCAACCGCGCCAAGUGGAAGCCCAUCACAGGAAGUAUGAAUGAUUUCAGCUACCUGCACACUAACUGUCUGGAGCUGUCAAUGUUCCUGGGRUGUGAUAAGUUCCCCCAUCAGACUGAGCUGGUCAUUGAGUGGGAGAAGAACAGAGAGGCCAUGCUCACCUUCAUGGAGCAGGUACAUCGUGGGAUCAGGGGCGUGGUGAAAGACGAAGAGGGGAACCCCAUCACUAAUGCCACAGUGUCUGUAGAGGGGGUCAACCAUGAUGUCACUACAGCUGUAACAGGGGACUACUGGCGCUUGUUGAACCCAGGUGAGUACCGUGUGACGGUGCGGGCAGAAGGCUUCACCCCCCUGACCAAGCUGUGUGUGGUGGGCUACGAGCCAGGGGCAACUACCUGUAGCUUUAACCUGGCCAAGUCCAACUGGGACCGCAUCAAACAGAUCAUGGCCCUGCACGGCAACAAGCCCAUCCGCUUGCUCAGCCACGGUGGAACACGACGGAACACCGCCUCCAACGGUAACAGCCGUUUGGUGCAUAACAAUGGCGCUGCCGCCAAUGAACCUGAGACGAGUCGCAUGCGCCAGCAAAAGCGGAGGCUCGGCCGCCUCCGUCGUCUACGACAACAGAAACUGAUGAGAUCGACAACGACUUUGCCCCCGACAACCACACCGGUUCCCACAACAACAAAAGCGGAGCCCACCACUGCCUGGUACGACUCGUGGCUCAUAGGAGAGGGGCAAACAUCGGCGCCAGAAGGUUUCACAGACUCCAUCUUGGAUUACAACUACGAGAUCGACGAUUACUAAGGGUAACACCAAGACCUUGUUCCAAUACAUCCUUCCGCCCCACUUCCUUAAAAUAAUCAAGGUAGGGAAGGAAGAAGUUGAACAGGACCAAUUUGUCAGUCAAGCCCAGACUGUUAACUCAAUUCCUGGACAAUAAAGUGACCCCUUGAAAAUCUGAAUAGACUGGAUAUGUUUAAGCAAUAUGGCUUAAACUCCAAUAACUCCGGUAGGAUAGAUUGACUCUCCCCCUCCUAUAUUACUGAACCCAUUCAUUCUUUCAUAUCUACAAAUGGGCCACAAGAAGCGUUUAGGUAUAUUUACAGAAACUCAAAAGGAACAAUGAUGUUGAAUAGUCAGGCACACAAGCUAAUGUCAGUGUUCUGUAGAACUGCUCGAGUAGGUCUUUUGAUACGAAGUUCAACACAAAUAAAUGUCAGUACUGAUAUCUGGGAAAGUCCUUUUACACCAAUUCAAGGCCUUCCUAGAGAAUGUACUUCAGAGAUCAUCUAUAUGUGCUGGUUGUAAAUUAAACAUAUUUUACCACCUCCACCCCCGAAGAGUAAAAACAAAGAAGCAAAGUUUUUCUUAGAAAAGUGUGGAUUUAUUUACAUUAUUUUCACCCAUGACAGCAAAACCAUAAUACCGACAGACAUUAAAAUGUUAACUUUACAAAAUGUUAGUUGAAGGUUGAGAGAACGAGAGAAUUUCUGAAAUGUUCCUCAUAACGUAGCGGAGGAAAGUUAUUUUUUCAAUGAAUAAAGGCUCAUUUACGUACAG